GAUAUUUCUCUCGAAAUUAGUCUACUUAAGCGCAUCGCGCUCAUUACAGCCAUUCGUUUUGUUUGUUCGAAUCGUGAGACAGUUCAUUCAGGGCAUCUUACUAAGAAAAUCAAAUUAAAAAUGUGGCUCAACGUUCUACUAAUAUCGUGUGCUACUAUUACCGUUGUUCGAGGUAAUUGUUCGCCUUGUGGACCAAUGCCUAAGCAUUACGAAGAAUUGGGAUGCGUUGGGAAAUAUAUUGAUGGACCUUGCUGUCCCGAAAGAUUUGAGUGUCCCGAUUUGUCUACAUACGAUACCAACGUUUGUCACCUCAACGGCAAAACCUAUCAAAAAGGUGAAAUUGUUUCGAGGGCUGAUAGUCCACCGUGCAGAGAGGAUUGUAUAUGUGCCGACAGUGGCAAUGGUGAUCUAAGAUUCCUCUGCCCCAUCAAAGAGUGUCCUGAAAUGUUCCACGACCCCGAUGUGGAUUGUGUCCACAAAUAUUCCUUAGACAGCUGCUGUUCGGUGAACAAAAUUUGUGGUACGGGAAUAGGAGACCUGCCACAAUGUCGUUUCCGUGGAGAAACGUACAAUUACGGUGAGAAAUUUGUGCCCCAAAGCCCCUACGCAGCCUGUCACCAUUGCAUAUGCGACGAGAAUUUCGAUAAUUCAACGUCGAUUGAGGAGAAUAAAAAUUGUAAAAAAGUGGAGUGUGGCCUCCAGUUACGCUAUUUCGAUGAGCUCAAAAGCGGUUGCGUUCCAAUAUAUUUCAGAGAUACGAAAUGUUGUCCGAUUGGUUUUCGAUGCCCUUCGGCAAACGACGUAAUUUUACCGAUCGAAGGAUUGCCGGAAAUUAGCUCCGUCAAAGAGAAUUCCCUCUGUAAAUUUGGUUCAUUGAUCAUGCAGCGAGGACAAAGCAUUGCAACAGAUGAAAAAUGCCUAGAAUGUACUUGCAGGCAUCCGCCCAUGAUUGAGUGUAUCAGAGUAGAGGACUGUCUCUGAGUCAGUUGGUUUUAGUUUUCGAUUGAAAUACAUUCGGAUUGAUUGGAAA